UUUUAUUACUUCAAUAUCUAUCAACAAUACCAGCUGUUAACAUUAAUCAAAUUGGCUCCCCCAACAAAUAUUAAUUAUACCGAAAUGACGGUCAUGAAUGAUCAUGACAGAAGUCAUGAUCUUAAUUUAAAACCAUUGCCGGCUGUUCACGACAAAACCUCAAAUGAUAUGAGAACUAUUGCUGACUUCUUUGCCCAUAAAAAUGUAUUCAUUACUGGAGGUACUGGCUUCUUGGGCACGGUUUUAAUCGAAGCUUUAUUAGAUGCUACACCCGAUAUUGGUACCAUAUAUGUUUUGGUUAGAGGCAAAAAGAAUGUUAAUCCAAAUGAUCGUAUUAAAAGACUAUUACAGAAACCGAUUUUCAAAAAAUACGAUGAAAAAUCAUUGGCAAAAGUCAAACCUGUUGUAGGAGAAUUGAGUGAAGUCAAUUUCUGUUUUAGCGAUGAAGUUCUGCAAGAACUUAUCGAUCGUGUUAAUGUCAUCUAUCACAGUGCAGCCACCAUUAAAUUUAGUUCUCCUUUACGUACAGCCAUAAAAACAAAUUUAACUGGUACAAUGCGUACCAUAGAGCUGGCUAAGAGAGUGAAAAAUUUGUCGGCCUAUAUUUAUUGUUCUACAGCUUUCUGUAAUAGUAAUAAUCGUGGAUUGAUAGUGGAAGAGGUAUACAAAUCGAAAUUUGAUCCUUAUGAAAUGAUGCAAAUGGCCGAAGAUGAUAGUAAAUGGGAGAAUUUUACACAGGAAAAGUGCAAAGAAUAUAUAUGUGAUCAUCCAAAUACGUAUACGUUUACGAAAAAUCUUUCGGAGAAUUUAUUAAUGGCAGAGAUGAAGGGUAUGCCAGCGGCUAUUGUGAGGCCCUCCAUAGUUUACGGCACCUGGGAAAAACCCACUGAAGGUUGGGUGGGUAGUGCCAAUUCGGGUCAUUUGGGCUUUUUAGCCGGUUUCAUUAAGGGCAUUUUCCGCACCAUGUGUGGCAAAGCAUCUGCUGUCAUUGACAUCAUACCCUGUGAUUAUGUUAUUAAUUCAUCAUUAAUCAUGGGCUGGUAUGUGGGCACUAGACAUAUUGAACAGCCGGAGGUUAUACAUUGUACCUCGGGUGAGGUUAACCCAUUGACUUUGGCUGAGUUCUGUAAAAUUAUUAAUGCCAGCGUUGAGAGACAUCCACCGAAUAAUUUUGUUUGGAAACCAAAGGCCAUAUUACGUAAUGGUUGGCGUUAUAAUUUAUUCUUUUACUUAUUCCACAUAUUGCCAGCGAUGGUUUUUAUUAUACCAGAGAAAUUAUUUGGAUUGGGCAUGCCACAGCACACAGCCCUCGACUACAUGCGUGUCUUCCAUAAAGGUACCAAAGCUUUUGACUAUUUCUUAGACAAAGAUUUCCGUUAUGAUUUAAAGAAUGCUUUGCGUAUUAUGAACGUGGUACAUGAAUCGGAUCGUAAACGUUACAAUUUCGAUUCUAGUCAAUGUGAUUGGGUAGAGUUCUUAGAUCGUGUACUAAUAGGCAUUAGACGUUUCUAUUUUAAAGAGUCAGCAGUUACCACUUCAUGGCAUCGUAAAUACUGGAAGGCAUUCAAUGUCCUCUAUUAUUUAGGUUUUGUUGUUAUGUUUGCUAUUAUUUCCAUUAUUUGUGUGCCCUUAUGUGGUUUCGCUAUUGGAUUUCCUUUGGCUUUAGCCAUUUGGGGUUUCCUCGUUUGGCUGUAGAAUCAAUCAAUUACACCAAUAACAACAUUCAUACUUUCAUUAAUUACGCGUGUGUGUGUGUGUGCAUCUGUACUGUCUAUGUUAUUAUAUAUAGUUUAUUUUAUUUUUUUUAUAUAAAACAUUUUUUUAUUAAAUCAUUUCUACCUCUAUUUUAUUUUUUUAUAAUUUUUUUAUAUAUAUUUUAUUAUUAAUUAAUAACAAGAAAAGGUUUUUAUUAAAUUUAGGGAAACAUUUAGUAGAAGAUAUGAAAAACAUAUUAUUUAACAUUGUCCCUCUCCCCCCC